UUUGCAUAAAGUGAUCGAAGAUAAUCAGUGAAGGAUAGGAAAACCCCGUUUAUAUUCACGAUGAUCGUGCGGCGUCGCCUGUUCCUGGCGCUAGCGAUUAUCCUGACCCUCGAGGCCUGUUUCGGGUCCGCAAAGGGUGAGAGAUGGUCGAGACAAGUAGCAAACAGCGAUUGGAUCCCGUUGGCGAGUCCCAGGUCGAUCCAGGAAGGCGGAAGUGGGCCCAGCGGUGAUGGAAAUCCCGGAAACCUGCGGCAGCUGGCGUUGCCAGCGGAGCUACAGCAGCAGUAUCAGCAACAGCUUCUGCAGAUCCAAGAGACGCAGGAGAGCAUCCAGAAGCUGCUUCUUCUCCAGCAGCAGCUAAGAGCUCAACAGCAGCUUCUUCAGGCCCAGUCCUACCUUCCGGAGGGUUUCGCUACCGAUGAAGAACGGAAGUCAGCGCUCCACCAAAGCACCUUUGCCAACCUUCAGACGCUGCCCCAGCUCGCACCUGAUGCCCUGCUCCCACCUCCUCCGGGGAACCAACCCCAACCACCAGAGUUCCCGGCCCAGAACUUCUUGGCCGAGAAUAACCAGAAGGGGACAAGCCAGAGCGAAGAAGACGUCAGGAAUCGGGAUGAGGAGCAGAACCAGUCUGGGGCAAAGGGAAAGACGAGAGAAUACGUUGCUAGACAAGGUGGACACUACAGGAACUCGAAACAACAGCAACAGGAACAACAACAAGAACAGCAACAACAAAUUAGAGAUGAUCAGAAUAGCGGCGAACUCAACUCGCAGACGACGCCGAGUUCGCUGGAUGGACAGAACGAUGGUGAGGAAGAGGUCCAACUGCUCUACGUUCCUGCAGAAACUUUGGCCCAGCAGAAGACGCAGCGGGGUCGUAACCGGAAGCAACAAGUUCUGGAGCAGCAGCAGCAGUCGUCGGUGCUCCAGCAGACUCAGUACCAGCAACCACAGAGGGGUCGAUUGACGGGCCACAAUUCGGGACUACUGGGAGUGAGCCAAGGGAUCGAGGGUACUCGGCCAACGACGUCGCAGCAAGUUUUCGCCCAGCAGAUACUGUACCAGUUGCAGCAGGAUCAAUUGGAGAGAGACAGGAUCCAGAAGGAGGCCCGAGAGAAGGAGCUCGCUCGGUUGAAGGAGGAGCAGAAGGAGCUAGAGCGACAAGCGAAAUUGCACGAGGAGCGAGUACAGCGGGAGCAGGAACUGAAGCGUCAGAAGGAGUUGGAGUUGCGUAAGGAGUUGGAAAGGCAAGCGGAGGAGGCCAGGCUGAUGGAGCUUGAGAAGCUGAAGAAGGAGGUGGAACGCCGGGAGGAAAUCAGGCGUCAGGAGGAGCUGGAGCGGCGGAAAAUUGCCGAGAUCAGGGCGCAGGAGCGGAGGCGAAAAGAGACGCUGGCCCGCCAAGCGGAGAUCGACAAACUGGCCGCCCUCGAGAAGCAGAAGGAGAUAGAGAUCCAGCGAUCGCUCGAGCAGCAACGGGAACUGGAACGCCAGCAGGCAGAGGAGGAGGCACGAGCUCAGGCGCAGCUCGAGGCCCAUCGUCAAGCCCACCAGGAGACCAUCGAGCAGCAGCGCAGGGCACAAGACGAGGCGGCGAACAUCGACGCCCAGAACCGGGCCCGUAAUCAGGCCCAGCAACAACACCUGACCGAGACCGUAAGGCCCAAGAAUCAAGGCCCGAGGGUCAAGGGACGCCAGCGACACGGUGGCCGCCAGGAAACGGCGACCACUCCCUCGCCCAACCAGCCACCGCUGUCCGUCUACAUGGGCAGCAACAGCCCCGUGAAGAACCCCGAGGACCUGCGAGUCUCCGACGUCCUCAGCAUCCUCAAGGACGCCAAGACCAUAUCCGUUCUCGACUCGGUCGGCCCAGAUGCCCCCCAGGUCUUUGUUGGCCCGAGCAACCUCGACCCGCCACACGGCUAUGCCAAGUUCGAUCUGCCCUACCUCUCCGCCAUCGACAAUAAUCGUGUCGAGCGCAAGGUCGACAAGCUCCCCUUCUUCGUCGCUCCACUCAGCUUCAAACCGCCCCCUGGAUACUCGAAGAUCCCGUUUCCCGCACCGCACAUCGGCUCCGUCGUCGUAAACACUCUAGAAGAGGAGCCCGGGGUUUUCGACGGCGUUGAGGAGACUGCGCCAAUCGUUGAGCCCAACGCUUACGCCACCACCCCGACUCUUCCCUAUGCGUCUCAAUCCACCCCCGAGUUCUCCCAGGAGGCACUCGUCGCCACUACAACUCCCAGCUACCAGGCUGGAUUCUCUUCAACCCCGUCUACCGGGGGAACGAGAUACAGGCACAGGCAAUUCUAUAACGACGACAGGUCACCCCAGACCUCGUCAACCCCCCAGUACCACCCCUCGACCGAGACGGUUGUUACGAAAACGAAAUUCAGGCAGUUUUACGUCGAGGAACAGGCUCAUGGAACCGCUGGGUACAACCCGGAGACGACACCUUCAAGCCCGCAACACAACCAGUUCCAGGAGGAAGUCGUCCAGGCUUACAACCCCGUAACGAAUGAGCAGCCAGCCGUUCAAGAAACCGGUGAAAUUGCAGGGCUCUCCCAGGGACCGACGCAGUAUUCGAUUCCCAAUGAACUACCAAGGAUAUCUUCGCAGCUACCAAGUCUCGUCAAUUCACUCUUCGAACGGAACCAGUUCGUCGAAAAGACUACCUACGAAACACCAACCACCACCCCGUCAACCACAACGACCACAACAACAACCGAACCCUCCACCACGACCCACAGAACCCGCGGAAGACAAAGAGGCAGAAUCGUUCCGACCAGACCACCAACAACUACGGAUUACCCGUCAACGAGAUCCUCGGUCACUGAGAAACCACGAUUAAGACCUUACAGCAGAUCAAGGGCGCGCCAAGGAUACGCGACGACCACCGAAGCCUAUCAAGAACCGACCUACGAACCGACCAAAGCAAAGCUGUCCGAGACACGAGAGAAAACCCAUCACUUCAACGCGCCUGAGCAACAUAGAAGGCCCGUAGAGAGGAAUCAGCUGAGAUACAGGGGACGAGGUGGUGACCGGAAUGCGGUCCAACCGGAGGCUCAAUCGGACGCUGAGCUCUCGCAGCAGGUGCAGAACGCUCAAAACCAGGAACCAAACUACCCGAAUAUCCCACCGAGACAUUCUCUUCAGGGACCAACCGCGCCGAUCCAGAACACUGAGGAGGUCUUCCAGUCAUCGCCAACCCCAACCAGCAUAUCAAACGACGGUCUGCAAGCUGAAGCCCAACCUCUUCACGGUGCAGCUGUGCCCGAAGCAGUUGUCGGAGCAGAAGGAGGAGCUCAGGUAUUCCAACAGGAGAUCCAAGGCAUCGAGGGAAUCGAUCACCAUCACGCCGGGUUUCCAAACGUCGGGGCAAGACCGUUGGAUGGUUUCAAUUUCCAGCCCCAAAUCGGGGCCGUGGGACCGACGGCUGAAUAUCCCCAAACCACAGCUCAAAUUUACGAUAGUCAGCCGGUGAAUUCCCAGGACAAGGAGAGCACCAACACCUUCCAAUACAACGACUUUAACCGCGAUCAAGUUUACGGCUCCGCUCCUGUUCCAAACCACGAGCUGUCACCACCCGACUCGGUUCAAUCCGAGCACCUCGAACCACAAGGCCCAACUUCUGGACCGGUAUACAACCGGCCAUCGGACGACAGCAACCGCUUCACGGGCCCCAGCACGACCACUGAAGCGCCAGAGGUCACGACCCUAAGACCAACCACCACUUCGACGCCAUCAAUUAUUCGGCAAAGGGUGCGCACACGGCUGGGUCAGAAUGGCAACCGUCCCCGCGUCGACUCAGCUAUUCAGACUCGGCCGACCGGAUCCAGGGAUGAAUUCGUCCGGUUCAGUGCGGUCAAUCAGGACAGGCAGCAUUCGUCUAGCAGAACGCAGCCCGGGUCUCGAACCAGGUCGAGGAAUCGCUCUCAGGCGAAUCAGCGCGGACAAACGGCCAACAACGACUACGUGCGGAUUCAGGCUCCUCUUCAUCGACCCACCACCACGACUACCACCACUCAGGCACCCAAGAGCUACGAAAAAGAUACCGACGACGAAAUCGAGUACGGAUUCAUCAGACCUCCGAGCUUCAAACCCAUCCAUCCUAUCAGCGAUGAAAAUAACCAGAAUGGUGGCACCUUCAGACCUAAACACGAUCAGGUUCAAUCGCACGAAGUUCAAUCGUCGAACGACGCGCCGGUCGAAGUGAGCAGUCCGCAUUCUGAAACGUUGAAGAAUCGAUCAAGGUAUCAAGUCACGAAUCGACGACCGUUGACCAGAUCCACGACGGAGGUACCACGCGUAGCAAACGCCGCAUCGCAAGGCCUCGAAGAAGAAGCUUACACUGUAAAACCCAGGGUGCAAAACGACCAGGAGUCGAGGACGACCAGACCUCGCAAUAGGGGCAGAAGGCCGGCGAAGAAGAGAACCACGACGACGUCGACGACAACGACGACCACAACAACCACGACAGAAUCCGUUCUCGACUCGAGCAAUGAAUUACCACUCGACGAAAACUACCCGCCGCAAAUAAUUCAGGGGAUUCCAGCUCCGUCCGAAGAAACAGACUUGCGAACCCUUUUCAAAGAUGAAUUGAAAACACCCAAUUUGGAAAGCCUUCCUCAAGCCGAGGCUCUGCAGAGACCGGGACAACUGAGUGCUUUUCAACAGGAUGAAAAUCUACAGUUUCCACGCUCGGACUUCGUCCUGAACUUCGGCGUCGGUUCGAGUCACGAAGAGCCGAAAGAAGAGUACGAUCAGACGCAGCUGGGGACCUCGCAUCACCGCAAGUAUAUCCAGUUGAACAGAGGAAGGUCCGAGCCUGCAGGUCACCCUGAAAGAAAGCCGCCAAGCGACAUUGACGGCGCGGAAAGCCAAUGGUCGACUAAAUUGACCCUGUCAUCCUUCCAACCGAGCUCAUUGGCGAACCACGUUCAAUCUGGAGACGCGAGAAGUAUUCAAAGGCAAGAGAAGAACGAGGAGUCAUUCGACAUCAUCACUGCCGGACCGGAUAUCUUGUCUGGCAAAACUGAUGGUUCCGAACCGCCCAGAACCAUCGUCGUCAAUGCCAGCUACCUUGGAAACGCCAAGAAAGAGGGUCUCGAGCUCAAGGAAACCGAAAACCGCGGCUCACACCAUGGCAGACAGUUCGUCGAGGAGAAAAACGAUCCCCUUAAAGACAGUCCGAGCAGUCUGGACGCGAUUCAAUUCUGGAACAACGGUCAGGGCGCAGAAGCUGUUUCUGAAAAGGCUGACGUGGCGAUAAAUGAGACUCAAACUGAUUCGACCACGACCCCGAAUGUCACUCAAGAUCCCGUCAACAUGACGAGCGAAGCCCCAACGACUUUGGUGACGAAAGAUAGCGAAGAGGAAACUGACCAACGAGAAUCCGCCACUUCGGAACUUUCCGAAGAGCCGACGACCACUAAGAGAAUCGCGCAAAGACGACGACGUGUCAGGGUACGCGUGAGGCCAUCGGACGAUUUCGUCACCGCGGAAUCGCAGCACCUGGUUUCGGCUUGGAAUACUCUAGUCCGCGAAAAACAGAGCCAUGAAGAGACGGAACGUUUCGACAAACCCAAGCCUCCGACAACUGUCAGUUCGACAAGCAGCGAACCACCGACGACCGUUAAAUCCUUCCUGGAAGAGUUCCUCGAGGAGAUGACAAAGGAUAAAGACGAAGAGCCAGCCGUGGACGCCGUCACAAUGACCUCGACCAGCGUUCCAAACGAUCCGGAGGAAGCCACGAGCACUACCGAAGCAGCGACCGCGCAAUGGACGACAAAACAGAGCCAGAAAACCAGCGAGCUUCCGACUACCCUGCAAAGUGAGAAGAAGUUCGUGACAGAAGCGACAACCGAGCGUCAGAAGAAUGUCUCUCCCAAGUCAGAAAAAAUGGCGACGAAACUGACGGAGUCGGUGGUCAAGAAGGACGACCGAUUCCAUCCCAAACAUCAGGCGAAACCGUGGUGGAGACACGACUUCGAAACUGUGACGCAGAAGGCAGAGGAAGACGAGCUAGUCACGGUUGAUCCGAAGCUGCAAUACACGGUCGCUGAAGACCCGGAAGAUGAAGACGAGGUCAAAGAGGCCACGUUGGCUCAGAGCAUCUCCGGCUACGUUGACGCCUUCUUCAAAACGAUGAAAGGAGCCGAAGAAGCAACGACUCCGGCCUUGGCACCGGAAGAAACGAGUACAGCUGACCCAACGUCCGUCUUUUUCGAGCGGAAGAGCAACGCUGGCGUAGAGACGAGGGUUGAAAAGACGGAAAGCGCUGAAGCCGUCGCGACAACGUCAACGACGAAAGUCGAUCAGACGACGACUCCGGAACAAGUAACAACACUCAAUUUCACUCCCAUCACCACGCCGGAAGUCCCCAUUUCUCCGGACGAGCUUACGACGGAAGUUCCGGUGGUCAGCACGACCACCGUUGCGACUACAGGUACCAAGGAUGAUCAGCUCGGUAAAGUUCUUAGAACGUCGACAACUACCGAGGUGUCCCACAUGACGGAAAUAUGCUACAGAGGUCGUUGCGUCAAGACCAAAUCGGCUAAACGGAGAUAAACGAAUUCUCUUCUUGAUUUUUUUGUUUCAAGCAUGAAGAAACUUCGCGGUUUGCGGUCUAGGGGGCGUAAUUUAUUACUUAAAAACACCAAUCACACAGUUUAAACGCAGAAACUAGUCUGAAAAUAUACAGUUAGUUUAGACGAAACUUUCUGCAUUGUCAAUUAUUAUUUUCCAAUAAUUUUCUCGGUGGAGACUCGCUGCGUAUAUUAUCGACAUUUCUCUCUACAUACUCAAGUACCAAAUUACAACUAACUGAUAAACUAUUAUUAUCACUUUCGUUUUCUAUUACAUAAAAUCAUUGCAUCAUAAAUAAAUUAUUAAGACACUAUGCAUUAAUAAUAUUUAUAAAUAUAUAUAUACAUAUACAUAUAUAUCAGUACAUAUUAUGUAGAUAAAUACAAAUGAAAAGGAAAUAUAUAUAUAUAUAUAUAUAUACAAGUAUAGGAAUACGGAAUAGAAAUGAAAAUAAACAGUGGCAUAUAUUUAAAGGAGAUCAGAAAUCGAAAGUAUAUAUCUUAGAGAAUCAUACCUAAUACCAUUUAUUUAAUGAAACGAUACAAUUAUCAUUAAUUAAUAUUAUUAUUAUUAUUAUUAUCAUUAUAUAUUACAUUAUAUAUUAUUAGAAUUAUUUAAUUUAACAUUCUUACAAUUGGUAAUGAAGUAUCGGUAGCCAGAAGAAGGAGAAUUGAAGAAAAAGAAAACCUGUAAUAAAAAUAAUACAUGUAAUUCUUAGAUAAAUACGAUCGAACAGAAUUUGUACGGCAGUUGUAAUAUGUAUGAAAUAUGUAUAAUACACGGUAUAUAUGUACAUACAUAUACAUAUAUGUGUGUAGUCGACACCACUUGGGGCACGCGUAAUAUAUUGCGGAAGUAUAAAAAUUUUUGGCCCAAGAAUGUUGCGGGUUUAACCCUUUCGCUGCAAGAUCGAUGCCUCACGUUUGUACCCCUAUAAUAUCUUCUAUUGAGUGGAUUCCGAGCUCGCUUUUUCACUUUCUGCCAAAGGAAAAUCACAGAAACGCGGUGUCACGUUGACCCUUUUAUUCCGCGGUUUGGUAUCCACGUGCCAAAAAUUUCACUCCGA